AUUUAUUAUUAGAAGGACGUUAAACGAGAUCACACGGUUAUACUGACCGCUUAGCGACGGACAAUACUGAGUCGAGUUGUGAUCUUGAGUGAUUAAAGUAUUUAUUACUAAGGACUUAUUAGUGUGUGUGACGGCUAAGUGAUAGUAUGUACGAAACGGUUCGUAGUUGGGCAACGGAAAGAUGAGUGCUGACAGUCGUAAAACUGGCAAAGAAAAUUUCAAUAUAACGCGCAACGCGACAAGUUUUGAGAUGGAACGCUCCAAAACGUGAGAGUGGAAAUAAAAACAAUGCCGGUAAAGGAGGCUCCGAAAUGCUAAUCAAUGCGGCUCCUUCCGUGAAAGAGCUGAAACAAUACCUGGGUGUUUUCUUAUGCGGAGUGACACUGUGGGGAAGUUCGUGGUUUAUAUUGCGAGAUGCCGUCCUCCCUGGAGGGUAUCUGUUCAAGAUGGCGGCCGUGGUGGCGGCGGGGUACGUGGCCGGCCACACUCUGGAGAGAUACACUACCCUGAACCCCGUCGUGGGAAUGACGUUAGUCGGCGCGCUGUAUAGGAACUUAGGAGCGGACAACUAUUUACAGAAUCCUGCCGCGGAUGCAUUAGAUUAUCAUUUGAGACGGAUUUAUCCCGUGAUUAUCUUGUCGAAGGGGCCUCUCAGCUGGAACUGGGAAUAUAUUAAAUAUAAUUCCGUGAAAGUUUUCUCAUUGGCAACCCUGCCUUGGACCGUGGAGUGUUUGUCUACGGCCGUCUUUGCUCAUGUGCUUCUCAAAUAUCCUUGGUAUUGGGGUCUGCACCUAGGCGCCAUAUUAUCGUCAGUGUCUCCAGCUAUAAUAGUACCCACAGCCAUGGGUUUUCACGGUCGAGGCUUAGGGACUAAGAAGCAGGUGGCGGUGCUCGUGGCCAAUGCGGGUGGACUGGAUACCGCGGUCACUGAAGGACUGUUUGGCGUCAUCAAUAGUGCCAUUUUCGUCACAUCCCCUCUUCCAUACAGAAUUGUCAAGGCGCUCUUGGCUAUAUUCGUUGGCAUCGGCCUGGGCAUAUUGUGGGGCAUUCUGGUGGAUUGGCUGCCGGACCAGAAAGAUGUCUACGCACCAACCAUCCGAAGUAUUUUAAUUUUCACCGGCGGUCUUCUACUCAGCUACGUAGGAGGAUAUGUGGGAUGGGGCGGAAUGGCCGGGGUCGCUAUCAUGGUAUGCGCCGUGACAGCAGCGACGCGGUGGGACCGGCGUGGCUGGCCAAUCAACAACAACCCUGUGACAGAAGUAUACAAGCUGCUCUGGAGGACCCUCGAGCCGAUGCUCUUCACUCUUAGUGGCUAUUUUUUGGAGGUAUCUCAAAUAACGUUAGAAGAAUUCGGGCGAAUAGUCGCCUGCCUCUUCUUGGCUCUGCUGUUGCGGUUGCUGACAGCCUUCUUGGUAGCCCUUGCUGUGGAUCUGUCAGUGAAAGAGAGCCUGUUCGUAGCGGUCACUUGGAUACCCAAAGCUAUCGUUGAGGCUGUAUUGGUUCGCGUGGCUACAGAUUCUCUAUGGGAGGAUAGCAGCGCCCAAGACAGAAAGAUUGCGCAGCAACAUUCAAAUAUCAUCGUUAUUGCAAUACUCCUAACGUCGACUUUAGGGUCGGGGCUGACGACUCUCUUAGGACCUAUUCUACUUUCGCAGGACUCGAGGGUUGCUCCAGAGGAUUUACAUCCAGCAGACAAUCCCUGACACCGUUUCGGUUCUCUGAUCUCAUUCCAAGAAAUGUACCUUCUUUUAAUUAUUAAUUUAUUACGUAACUAUUAACUAUAGACACGUAAUUAUUAAGAUAAGACAUACCUAUGUCUUUCCAUCACGGACAACAUUGGGUAUUCCGAACGUUAGCGAGGCGAGCGCGAAGCCGAAGCUAACACGAAGACGCCAUUUACGUAAUAUUUUUUUACUUAAUUUAGAAUACUAGUUAAAUAUAUUUUUAUUUAAGUAAGUAGGUAGACAGUUAGGACACCAUAUUUUUUAAAUAAUUUUGUCUAUUAUUACUAGGCCUUAGCGGUCAAAUCCGAUAAGUUGAGCAAACUGGUUUUUUAAAUUAAAUUCGAACUUCGAAAUAUUUUGCACGUUAAACAUUGCUCUAGUAGAGUGCUAUAUGGGACACUUAAUGUAAAAAUUGUAAAACAUGGAAAAAUGAUUGAUUAGAUGAGGUAUAAUUAAUGUGUAAUUUCCACAACGUUCUGAUUUUGAUGAAAAACAAUCUCGACUUAUCGGGUUUUACCUCUAACCGCUAUAUAUGUAUAUUUUGAGGAUAGUAUGCAGUAUUAAGUACAUAUUAUAAUGAUUGUGACCAUAUUGAAAUAUAAGUAUUGGUAUCUUUUCAUAAUUCUCUAAUUUACUCAAAGUAUACACGGUGCUCGUGAGCAUUGCGAGAGAUUUUAACCACGCAUUUCUGAGGCUAAAGGAAAGAUUCUUUUUAUUCACAUCAGGAAAUUUUGCCAAAAAAAAAAUUUUUUUUUACUGUUUUCGAAUGUAUUUUCACAUAAAAAGUAAAUGUUAUUCAUAAAACUAGCAUUUAAAAUGAAUUUAGACGUUUUUUUUUCUAAAAACCUCCUUU